GUGUUUCUCGACCCGGUGUCCGCCAUCUUGCCUCUCCCUGCCUGCCAGGAGCCGAGUGCGGAAGUGGAAACGGCACUGUGCGGGCUCAGGGUUCCGCCUGUAGACGCCUCGCCAGAUUCCUCCAGCCCCAAACAGCCCACUAUCCUUCACAUUUAACCCUUCCUGAGCAGCAGGGACCCGGGGAGAGAUGGCUGGACGGCUACCGGCGUGUGUUGUCGACUGCGGCACGGGGUAAGCAUUUUAAACUAAACCCGCCGUGAGGACCGGGGGGCUCGGGUGUCACCGAGAGGCUGCGGACGUUUAGCGGCUGUCAGUGUCAGCGGCAGCGGCAUCAACUGGGUGUGUGUCUGCCUCUGUGUAGCUACGGAGCUAACGUGCUAACGAGCGGCUUAACGUGACAUUUCAUCCCGGUGUUACGGUUUAUACUGUGACCCUGUCAAACGGGGACUAACGGGCGAAUGCGCCGGUUGUCGUAGUAACGGGAACCGUUUUAACAGCCGAUGCGUUCUGCGAAAAGCCUCACAUUUCACGGUCACCAUUUAAACCGCAACACCGGUGUCCUCUCUGAGAAACGUCUCUCAAGCGUUUUACACCACUCAGACACCGUCUAAUUUAACGUUUAUGGUCUGUUUGUUUACUAGUUUAAUUGAAUAUAGGAUUUCAUCGUUAUAGUUGAAUAUUUUGAUUCGGUUUGAGAGAUAAUACCUUCACAGUUUAGCUUGUGUCUGCUGCUGCAGCUGCAUGACAAAACCACUGACUGAGAGAAACCCUCACCGUUAGCUUUAUUAAUAUUUGUAUUUUGGGUCAUUAUUUUUUUUAGCAGUUUCAUUGUUUUCGUGAUAAAUCGCCAGUUUUUCUACAACACGAUGAGGAAACUGUUUAUUAGCUUAUGCGGUUCACAAAUCAUUUUACUCAUUUGUCCGGAUUUGCGCAUGCGCAGUGCUACUUCCUAAUACUGCCGACACUUCCUCAUUCACGCUUUUUAGUCCAUAUAUGGUCGUUUCUCGGCAUCCUAGCAUGCUUUUUUGAUUAACUUCUCUGAUUUCUCCUCAUGGCCAAGCUAAAAAUGAUUAAAAUGACCUAUUUUUCUUUGUUACAUUACCCUAUUUGUGAUCUAUUUCUGCAGCACAUGACUUAAACCUGCUGUUUUAAAGGAUACAUAACUAACAGCUCUAUAUUCUCUUGGCUCCUCCUGCAGCUCUGUUGCUAUUAUCGUUGUGUACAUCUUCCUGCUUUUACUCUCGGAUAAAGGACCUGAUUUGUAACCAUAGCCAUUUAAAUAUAUAUUCAAUAAAUACAAAAAAGGUCUCUUUUUCUACAUCGGACAUUUAUAUUUUCUGAAGUAAACUACUCAGCAUGUCAGGUAUUUAAAGUUAGUCUUGGGGGCUGGAUGUGGCUUGCAUCGCUUGCAUGUAGAGGCUUGAACUCCUCACUCCUGACAUGCAUACCUCCCCAUUCAUCCCCUCCUCCUCCUCCUCCUCCUCCUCUCUUCAGGCUGUUCACCAGUCUGCAGCUCGGACCUGCAAACAGCUGUAGAAGUGUAGCUGAGAAUGAGUUUAGCCUGUGCUGGAUUUCACUCAUAAAGCAGAUGGCUUCUCCUCUUAGGCCAAGCCUUGAAGUCAGAGCACAUAUGUUCCAGAAUCAGAGGCUGGAAGAGUUUUUAUUUGCAAAAAUAACGCUUAGUCACAUUUUAGGCGGGGUGCUGGUUUAUUAUGAUGAAGUGUUUUCUGUGGAAACUCUGACAUGCUCUGGCUCUGCAGUUUAGCUGGAGAGGACCAGCUUUCAGCAGAUGUUAAAGGAGUAAACAGCUGUUUUUGAAUCAUGCUCAGUGACAACUCCACUUCCUUUUUACGCUCUAUAAUCAGCUUUACUGCUAUUAAUAGAGAGGCAUUCAAGCAUGCAGUGAAAGAACCGUAAUAUCCUGUGAGGUUUCCUUUUUUGCAGAAGUAUCUGAAGCUGAGUCUUUAUCUCAGGUGUUGCAGUAAAUCAGCCUGUUAAUAAAUAAACCUGUGAUGCAUUUUACCAAAGAGCAGAUUCUUUACUGGACAGAGCUACACCUCAGACAUGUGCUGCCGCUUAUUUCCAGCCUGUCGAGGCAGGUUGAGGUAGACAAGCUGGGACUCUUCUGUGGUAUGAAGGUGUCAGGAACGCUGCUCUUACACUUUGUUGCUGUCUGCCUGGUGCAGAUGUUUUAGUCGUGGUGCAGUUGUUGUAAGCACUGAAAACAAAAUACUAAUAGAUGCAUGGAGGCAAAGGUUGGCUCCAAAACUUGUAUACUGUCCAGCAGUAAUGGAGCCUUCUCAGAUGUGUAAACUGCCAAUGCCAUGGACAUUUAUGCACCUAAGCCAAGUAGUCACAGUUUCACAGUUUCCAUUACGGACUACAGUGGGGUGACGCAGCUCAAGGAAGAACAUUUAUGAUCAUUUCUUUAUUAUUUCCUUUAAGUAAUUAUCAUCAUAUUAAUCAUUUUUCACUGCAGACGCGGUAGUUCUUCUGCCUCGGCGUCUCAGUCUGAUUGUAUUUCCAUGAAGAAAUGAUCAUAAAUGUUCUUCCUUGAGCUGCGGCACCCCGCUGUAGUCCGUAAUGGACUGGCCUGAGGUCUCGCUACAAACAAGCGGCUGCUGGAAGAGAGUGGGUGAGUUGUGUUUAGUCUCUUUGCUAAAGAAAUGAGUCAAAGUUAAAAAUAUGUUUGGUGUCUGGUACUAUGGCUGUGACCCUAUAUGUCCUGUUGAUGAAGUUAGGUGCUGUUCUGAGCAUUAUUUGUGGCUUUAGAGUGGCGUCUUGGUUGAGCCUGUGAGUCUCUGUAUUACUAUCCUGCGGUCGUUACUAAAGUUGGUAUAACUAGAGAAGCAAGCGGUCGGUAAUAUUCAUCUCUGGAGGGGGUGUCUAACUGGAAACACCAGAAUAUCCCUUUAAGGCUGGAGUAUGCUGAGUCCAUGAUUUCCAAAAUGAUUGUCAAAGAUUUGAUUUGUCAGACCGCAGCACAGAUAUUAUCCACUUCACUUCAGUCCAUAUAAAAGGGUCUCAGGCCCAUUUUGGACCGUGUCAAGUGGUUUCUUCUUUGAAUUGUACAGUUUGAAGCUGCUUCUGUGUUUGCAGACAUCAGCUCCUGCAAACACAUUAAUUGUUUGUCGUAAAGACCAAAACUGAACGCCUCCAUGAAGAUGUGAAGAAUUGAAAAUAGGAAGUUGUUUAUUAGUUCUUCUGCUUUGGGAGCAAACAAAGUUGAACUAAACUAAAUCACAUUCUGAGGACCAAAGUUUGCCUUUCACCCGGCUCCAAGCUUUUCCUUUUGAGAAACUGCUGAUGUGGCUCUUCUUGCUCCUUUUAAAUUAAAUUCAAAGAGCCACUUUUUAGACCAGGAUGUGGCCCAUUAUGCCCACAGAGCUUUGGCAGCCUUCAGCAGUGUCCUCUAUCAGUCCCUUGGGCUCUGUGCGCAGGAAGUACUGGAGUUCUGUCUGGGCCAACCUCAACCAGGACCACAUCUGGUCAGCAUGUGCCCCCUCAAAACACCAUUUGUACAGAGAGGAGACAUGGACCAGACUGUUUAGUUUGAAGUCUUUGGUGUUUAGGAGGAGUCUGUUAAAGGGGCAUUCCUUUGUCUUUAAGCCUGGGCCACAUGUUUGCAUGUUCUCCAUCUAAAAUUUCCACAGAAAGUUUGAGAAUUGCUCGAGCAGAUUGUUUGAUUCAGAAACUUGAAGACUGGCGGUAAAUUUUGUGGCAUAAUCUUGAUCAUUAAAACAGCAGCUGAUCAGGGAACACUCAUAAUCCGUUAUUUUUUAGUCGAGGAAGAUGCCAACACAUUAGUUUUCUGGGUAAAUUUAAAACGACCUUUUUACAGCUGCAUAAAUCGUGCAAAACAUGUCUCUUUUGGUUGCUUUGUUUAUGAUGCGGUGGAUUGGCAUCAUUAGCAGACAAUAACAAUAAAACAGCAUAAUAUAAAAUUAUGACUGUGGUUAAAAAAUCCCAGAAUAACUCCUGAAAGUUUGUGCCGUAUUUUCACUCUUCUCUUUGGUUUGAUUAGUAAUAAAACAGUAAAAGCACACAGCAGUGUCGGGGUCACAGCCAGUUGACACUAAGCGUUGUUAGUUUAUGCAGAAGUGAUUUUGUUCCCUCACAGAUAAAUUGAAUGGUUUUCCCAGUGCGACGUGAAUGGCUCUAUUUUACGGCCUCGCAGUAGCAAACUCCAGAGCUGCUGCUGCUGCUUUUGGCUCUUAACCAACCUGCUAACAGACAGUGACGGCAUUGAUCAGAAAGAGGCAGCAGCCAAAACUCUUUUUUACAAAAACUAAAUGUUAAAUGUAAAAAUUUAAAGUGUGAUCUUUCUUCUUCUUCUUGCAGUUACACCAAACUGGGGUAUGCAGGGAACACAGAGCCACAGUUCAUCGUUCCAUCAUGUGAGUACUUCACUUUAUGUCGGAUUCCAGUCACACCAGCAGCUAAGCGGGCCGGUGACCAUGGCAACAACCCAUGGCAACAAGAACCAUGAUGCAUCAGGAUAAUAGGGAAACACUCUCCUGUUUGAGAACCAUAUUUUGUUACCAUAUUAAAGAACAACAAGAAUCUCAUUUCCUGAUAUCGGUGAUUGCUCCUGAAACAUCCACACCUGCCUUUUUACUUCAAGAUUUAAACUUCGAAGUUAUGAGAAAAAGUGGAAAACUAUUUAAAAUGUUAAAAAACUAAGAUUGUUAAACAUGGACUAAUUUUAUCUGUGUUGGACUUGUGUUCUUAUUUUUAUUUUAUUGUUUUUACUUCUAUGUAUCUUAUUGUAAUUAGACUUUAUCUUGAUUUUGCCUUUUUUAAAUUUUUUAUUGGCUGUUUAAUCGAUCGGUAUCAAGUUAAAAUUUAAUCUACUGAGAAGCUAAAUUUCCACACACAUUAAACCAUGUGUUAGAGUGACUAAAUGUUUUUUAUGCAGUUAUGUUCAGAGCAGGAAGUCAGUCUUAAAGGUAUCACAGAACUAAAGUACACAGAAAGUGACAACUGAGUGAAUUUCUGAACAUUUUCUGUGCAGUCCUGCUCACAGCGGUCUUACCAACACUUGUCCAGUAUGUAUCGGUGUGUUUGGACGUGAUCUGCUGUGUGUUUUCAUUGUUGUCUUCCUACCUGGAGGUGUUAAAAAUAUCAACACUGCAGCUCUGAUGGUUUUUAAAUCUGCUGCCAGUGUUGCCAGAAUAGAUUAUGUAACUCUGUUGGGAAAUAAGCAUCAGAAAUAUAUUGUUGUGUGUUGAUGUGGGCUGUCAGGAAGCACUAGUUCAUGUAAGACAAAGCUAGUAUUUAACAUGUGAACUAUUCCCCUCUACACUGUCAUAAUUGACCUGAAUAAUCUCAAGCUCUCUAUCAUCAUUGUCUCGUUCUCGAUCAGUAAAAUCUUCAUGUAUUUUUAAGAAACUCCAUCCUCUCCGCUCCUCUCCAUUAAAUCCUCUUUUCCUCGUCAGGUAUCGCCAUCAAAGAGUCAGCCAAGGUCGGGGACCAGGCCCAGCGGAGGAUGAUGAAGGGGGUGGAUGACUUGGAUUUCUACAUCGGAGAUGAAGCAGUCGACAAACCCACAUAUUCCACUAAAGUAUGUGACCCUGAAAGCCUCACACACCCACGGAUGUGACUGGCAAAGCAAUUACUGUGUUUGAUUUGUUUCAGUUUCUAUACAGAGCUGUUGUUUUCAUCAUCCCUGCUCUGCAUCCAGAGACUCCUGCAGUCAUAAUGCAGCAGUGAACAGUUACAGUGUAAUCCCAAUAAUCUGGAAAUGUUCCUGUAAACAUUGACAGUAAAAGGACCGGUGCAGACCUGCAUGUCUCUGACAGUUUUACAGUAUUUUUAGGUUAGAGUCAGCGGUUAGAAAGUCUGUUAGUGUUUAUAUUUUAUUCUGUGGGUACGAGGAGCUGAGUUGGACUAAAACGGAAAUAUAAGAUCAUUAUUUUUGCCGUAAACGUCCAUCAUGGAUAAAUUUAGUUGAAGAUGAGGUCUGCUUUCACUUCCUCAGAGUUUUUAUGGAACCAUGUUUGUGUCCUUUACUGUAAUCUACAUGUUUUAUACUAAAAAGCUAAACCUUCGUGUCUCAACAGUGGCCGAUCCGUCAUGGGAUUGUGGAGGACUGGGACCUGAUGGAGCGCUUCAUGGAGCAGAUCAUCUUCAAGUACCUGAGGGCUGAACCUGAGGACCACUAUUUCCUCCUGGUGAGAGAGAGCUAAAAGAGAAAUCAGAUCAGUCCAAGAAGGGGCCGGGUUUUCAUGUUCCUGUAACAGGCCGUGUGACUGUAGCGGUGAAAAUAGAGCUGCUCUGACCACACGUUCACUUUCUUUAUUCAAACAUUGACUGUAUGUUUGUUGGUUUGUUUCUGUUUGCAGACCGAGCCGCCUCUGAACACACCAGAGAACCGAGAGUACACAGCUGAGAUCAUGUUUGAGUCCUUCAACGUACCGGGGCUUUACAUCGCUGUGCAGGUGAGAUCGAGGAUGUUUAUGACAUCAAAUCAACUUUACGGCCUCAUUUGAUUUAUUAAGUUAUCAUCACUGAGCUCCUGAGUUAUCUCUCUCACAGAUAACAGUAGCACACAUUCAGCUCAUUAUCACUGUGACCUUUCUUUGUGUGUGUUUGUGUGUUUUCCAGGCCGUGCUCGCUCUCGCGGCCUCCUGGACGUCCAGACAGGUGGGAGAGAGGACGCUGACGGGUACGGUCAUCGACAGCGGAGACGGUGUCACCCACGUAAUCCCUGUGGUGAGUUUUACCAUCCACAGACAAACGCCAAAGAGAGCCGGAGGUACUCCACUCAGUUUACAGGAAGUCCUCAAAAAUCUGAAGCUGUACAUGUGAAUAGAUCCAAUCCACUCUAUUUAUAUAUUACAUUUUUAAAAAACAUUCAAGUUUACCAAAGUGCUGCACAAUAAAAUUCAAAGAAAAUUAAAAGACACUGCAGAAAACAUCAAGAUGAAAUAAAUAAAAGCAGGUAAAAAACAUUUAAAAUGAAAUAAAAUCAACGAAAUAAAAGUGAUAAAAGGACAGAGGUCACACAACCCUCAUGCUGAGCUAAAAGCCAAGGAAUAAAAAUGAGUUUUAAGACGUGAUUUGAAUGUAGAAAGAGUUUUUUAAUCGAGGGUAAACUUCUUGUGUUUGGAGCGCAAAGUCUGUUUUUAUUUCGCUUAAGAAAAGAUGCUCCUUAUAAUGUCCCAACCCUCUCAGUCCACAGAUUCAAAAAACACCAAAGCUCAUGUAAAAUCAAGCCUGACGUCAUAGUUGCUGCUGAGAACGAAAUCAAGAGAGAGUGAGCAGCAGAGUCGAGCAAACGGCACGAGUUAAAACGAGGGAGAGAAACAGAGAAAAGUUAUUUUCAGAUUAUUUCACAGCAGCGAUGUUUCAAACUUAGAAACACUUACAAACACGCCCACAGCUCUGCACAAAUGUCUGCAAAGGUGCAGGAAUCUGUUUGGAUGCUUGGUCUGCUUCGCUGACACUUUGUCCCACCUGAAGAUCUCUGAAGCCUCAGUACACUGAAAACUGUUCCCACUCACAGAUCGGUGGAUAUCAGCAUUUUGUCUCUAACAGACUCUUGUUACCCGGCCUUUAGUAGUUGACUCUGAACAGUUACUUCUGUCUGAAAUACUUACAUGUUAAAAAUCAUGAAAACAAAAACAGACACAAACUCUACUUCUAAUUUGUAUUAAAAAUGAUCAUUCAGGGCUUCUUUUAUUCUGGGUGUCAUUCUGUGCUCCUGACCACUCCUGACAGUGUUGGUGUGUUUUCAGUGAAGUAUUUUCCAUGCGGUGAUCUAAAUGUUUGCACAGUAGCAGGACGAGGCUGAAGUUUCAAAGUAGGCCGCGGUGUUUCAGAGGUUGGAAGGAAUUACUCAGUUUUAGGAAAUGCGCUUGCAGAAUAUAUUUAGUGGCUGAGUAACUGAAUCAGCAUGUCUGCAGCUCCUGCUGAAUAUGUGCAAAAGUGGAGCCAAACACAACAGUACGUGGACACGGAGGAAGCCCUGCAGAUGGAAAAGUGUGAUGCUCUCUAAUUGCUUCAUAACCUCGACUGUCUUUUCUUUUCUUUCUUCCUCCAGGCUGAAGGUUAUGUAAUCGGCAGCUGUAUAAAGCACAUUCCCAUCGCAGGACGAGACAUCACCUACUUCACCCAGCAGCUCCUGAGAGAGAGGGAGGUGGGCAUCCCCCCGGAGCAGUCCCUGGAGACGGCUAAGGCAGUAAAGGUCGGUCCCUCAGCCUUUUCCUCCUCCCCUACAGUGCUCCUGUCCCUCUGCACCUUACAGCUCCUGAGAGGAAGCUUCAAGUCGUGUUCAUUUCUGCUCCGCCUGGAAGCAAAGCAGUCUGUACUUAUCAUGAGGUAGUGUCUGCUUUUGGACAUCAUAGAGAAACAUCAGUAUGACUUUCAAUCUGUUUUCUUACAGAUCCCAAACCAGAGUUAAAUUCAGACUAGAUUUGAGGUCUGAAGGUGUGAAAACUCUCAGAAAAAUGACACAACUUGACUACUAAACCAUGCCAGAGGAGCAUAACAAGCACGAUCAGUCUUUAUUCCUCUUAAAAAUCUUGAUAAUUUGAUGAAGUGACGAGUGAUGAUGGAGCUGACCUGACAGAGCAAGAACACACCCAGAAAAACGGGAUUAGUGAUUAUUUACCAAGUAUGUGAGCUAAUAAAGGAUGUUUUUGUCACUGACGGGCUCGGAUUGUCAUCUGAAGUAUCUGAUUUAUCACACAAAGAGCCCCUUUUCUGUUUAAGAAUGAGAUUUUCUUCGAUCCGCGGCUCCUUUAAAUCCUCCUCUGACGAAAACAGGCGUUUCAGAAAGAGCAAAUAAAACUGUUUUCUUUGGGGAUUUUGUUGCUAAUGUUGUUAGUGACUCUGAGUAACAAUCUGAACACGUCAGUGACUGAAACAAGAAAGCAGUGGAUAUAUUUCUGACAUGCUUAUUUUUCCCAAGGAUCAUCUCUGCAGCUGUUAAAACCCAGUUUAGUGUAAACUCCCAAAAUAGACCACAGAAACAGAAGGCCGAAGUUUAACAAUGACAUAUUCCCCUCAGGCUUCCUCUUUUCUUCUUCCUACAAACAUUAAGAGUCACUAUCGUGUCAUAAAGUUCUGCUUAUUAAAGCUCCAAUAAUGUGAGUCAACAGUCGCAGCAGCUGGUGUUUUAUUUCCUGCACACCUCCUGAAAUACACAGAGAAAAAUCAUCUGUAGGAAGUCAUUGUGUUUCUUCAUUCGGACACCAGGUGGCAGUAUCGAUCUGCCUUUACAUGCAGCGCGUGUCCUUCAAACCCCUUGCUUCUGCUUUUGUUUGGUUUGCUUCUACAGUUUCUUACAAUUACACGGUUCUCCAACCUGACAUCAACCUACGCAGGAGGAUUUUAUUUACACGACUAAACUCAGACUUAAAAGAAACAAAGAAGAGGAAGAGGAGCACUUUAGGCUUUGUCUCCACAAAUCAUAAUUUUUUCAUUUAGCAGGUGAGAAACAGACGUGACUUAAUGUAAACGUCUUAUUGUCUUUAUCGAUUCGCCUCGAUUCACCGCAGCUCCUCCAUGUUUAUUAAACAGCUUGUUACUGCAAACUCUGUUCUGGAUGUCAAGGACCAUUCCUCAUCACCUCCAAGACAAACAAACACGAAAUAAUGGGAAUUUUAAUAAUGAGCAUUAGCACUGAGGAGGACGCCGAGUGAGCGCAUCUCGCCUUUUCAUGUCUGCAAAUGUUAAUUCCACCUUUCUGCCGUCUGGCCUGCAGCCUUGAGCACGUUCUCCACAAAUCAAACUAAUGACAUCUCCUCUGAAUACAAGCUUCCCGUUCUGUCCUGCUCAUUCAUAUUCACAGGCACAUGAGCGAAAUCAGCGACGCUCCAGAUUUGUGUUAGACGUUCAACUGGAAGUGUUUUCAUUACUCUCUUAAUAGAACACGGCAGCGAGGUAGACAAUAAACAACAACAUGCACUCAUUAUCACCGCUGCAUUGCAAAACACUGAUAUCAUAAAGCAUCCUUUGUGUUGUCAAAUGGGUUAUUGGAAAUAUCUUCUGUGUUAAUAAAACAGGAAUUUAUCAACAAAUUAGUCGUUUUUUCAGGCUCUACUCACAGUUUAGGACACGUCUGUUAACCCUUCAAAUUUACUGACACUUGUUAACCUCGUGGCCAAAAAUGGACAGUCUGAUAAAAGUGCAGUAAAAACAUUAUACAUUCAUUUUUUUUUACUUUCAAAGCAUCAUAUCUUGUCAACAACUCCAGACCUAUCCAUACAUAUAAAGUUUUUUUUAACUUUUUAUUUUUUUUUUAGGUUUUUAGUCUUUUUUGUCGUGAGAACCCCUGAUUAUUUCAGUGGGAAAAAUACAAAAUAUGCGAUAUUUCCAAAAAUGAGGUGCAAAGUGAAAUAUUUUUGAUAAAGAUAUAACAGCCCUGACCAUGUCAAUAAUUGAUAAAAAUAUUGAUUUUAAUGCAUAAUUAUUUUUUGCACAAUAACAGUUUUCAGUAUAAACUAUCACUUGUUAACCUCGUGGCCAAAAAUGGUCGGUCUAAUAAAAGUGCAGUAAAAACAUUAUACAUUCAUAUUUUAUUUUACUUUUAAAGCAUCAUAUCUUGUCAACAACUUCAGACCUAUCCAUAGAUACAAAGUUUAUUGUAAUUUUUUAAAUAUUUUUUUAGGUUUUUAGUGUCUUUUGUCGUGAGAAACCCUGAUUAUUUCAACUGGAAAAAUACAAACUAUGCAAUAUUUCCAAAAAUGAGGUGAUAUUGAUUUUAAUGCAUAAUAAUUCCUGGCACAUGAGAGACUCACACUACUCCUUCUCCUCUUUGUUUCCUCUUCCCAAAUUGCAUUACCCCUGUCUGUCCGGCAGGUAUUUCUCUCCUGAAUCCUCCUGGCUCAUGCACACACACAGAGCCCUCAGGGUGCUUGAGCCCCUGCCCUUUUUGCCUUAUAUUAAAUCUAUCUUAAAUAUACAUUAACAUUAACGAACUAUAUCUCUUAUUAUGCUUCCUCCCCAUCAGGAACGGUUCAGCUACGUGUGCCCGGAUCUAGUCAAAGAGUUCAACAAGUACGACACAGACGGCUCCAAGUGGAUCAAGCAGUACACCGGGAUCAACGCCAUCAGCAAGAAGGAGUUCACCAUCGACGUGGGCUACGAGCGCUUCCUCGGGCCUGAGAUCUUCUUCCACCCUGAGGUUUGUCGAGGAACCGCUCCAUCAGAUUUAAGAUUAUUAAACCCGAUUCACACCAGACUGCAUGUGAACAUAACCUCUUCGAUUGUCUGAAGAAAACUAGAAGAUAGAAAGUUUAAAUAUUUCAGUAACUUUGUAAACACAGCUUAAUAUCCAAACUGUUUGGAUUGAUAAAACAGGAAAAAUUCAUGAGAAAAGUUUAAAGCAUCAGACAGAAAUGAUUGUAAAUUCUGGAAAGUAUCGAACGGCUAACAUAAGUCUGAUUUAGAAGUACAAGAUUAGAGUUUUGGAGGAACUUUCGGUCAUCCCUGCCGAUGGUGUGAAUAUAAAUAUCCUGUGAAUCCUCUUCCAAAUCUUCUGAACAUCAAUAACUUUUACUUUCCUUUCACUUUCCCAGUUUGCCAACCCUGACUUCACCCAGCCCAUCUCUGAAGUUGUGGACGAGGUGAUCCAGAACUGCCCCAUCGAUGUCAGGCGUCCUCUCUAUAAGGUGAGAGCGGAGAUUCUCCAGACUGACGGCUCCUCUGUGAGAUUUAUCCAACGAGACACGCUUCGACUUUUAGUCCACAGUUUGAAUCAGCUGUAGAAAACACUCCUCGAGUUGAAUCACAUCUUGUCAGCGAAGGUUUUUUGCUUCAUCUCGCUCACAGCGGUACGAGUGUAACAGCGCGGCAGACUGCAGCUUUUACAGUCUCGGGGGGAAACCCGUAAAGAAGUGAGUGUGCUGCUUAUAGCACCAUAACAAGCACACAGCUGGGGUUAAGAGUUAGUCUAAGUCAGACUGAUUCAACCUCCAGUGUCAAGUAUUGUUAGCAGACUGUAAACAACCUGGAAAGAGCUUUAUUUGCUCCAAAGAUACUAAGAAUUUUACUCUCAACAACGAUCAGCUCUGGUGUUUGUGGUUUUAUGUGAAUUGAAGCUUCUUUAAGAGCUAAAUAGACAAUUUUACCCCUGAAGUUUGUCUAUCUUAUGGUGAAAUACAUGCUGACAGCUCUGGAGCUUCACUAAAGUAUCAGCUGAUGAGGCAGGGAAGGGCAUUUGACAGACAGAGGGAACAAUUCAAUGGUUUCUGCAAUAUUUUCUCCUCUUGCAGCAUGAAGAAAUACAGGAAAGCAGACCAGGUCGAUGCUUUGCUCUUAGAAAACUGAUAGAUGAGCAUCAUGGAGGCAGAUACUGAGAUUUGUGUAAGCUGAUUAAGAAGUUUAGUACGAGGGAAAAUAAACGACUAACCAGAAAAACUCUCUUGGAAAAAUCCAUCAAACAAAAGUGAAGAAUCGUCUGUUCUGAGUUCUGAUGGAGUUCUGGUGAGUUUGAUUCAUCGCCGUGGUCAUAAAGUUGUCUCUGAAGUCACGGAGCAGUUUCCCGUCGCUCAGGAUGGGACUGUUUACUCCGCCUGUUUGGCAGUUAGCCAGCGGCGGGUCACAGGUGUUAAGUGCCUCUUACUCCACGGCUCUGUAAUCCCCGUCACCUUCUCUUCCACAGAACAUUGUUCUGUCAGGAGGCUCCACCAUGUUCAGGGACUUUGGGCGGCGUCUGCAGAGAGACUUAAAGAGGACGGUUGAUGCCCGACUGAAGAUGAGUGAGGAGCUGAGCGGAGGCAAGCUCAAGGUGAGAGAAAACAUUGAUUUAUAUGCAGCGCGGAUCAAUACGGCUCGACUAAACACAAUUACUGUGUCAGAAUGAAACUGAGGAGAAAGGCCUUUAAAGUUCGUCCUUUCACACCACGAUUAUUGUUUCUGCACAUGUGCCGCGAAUGUUGAUCAGUUCAUUUCAAUAAAGUGAAGAUAAUUAGAGCGGAAAAUCUACAAUUGAUAUGUUUCACCUGCAGGUAAGAAAAGUCUCUGCUGCAUUAGAGGCUCUACCUGUGAUUCAUGCUGGAGGGGUGUGAGACAUCUGGAGCUGAAUAUCAUAAAGAAGUUUUUAAUUACACAAAGACGAGCAGAUUUUUCCGGCAAUAAAUCGUUAAAUUCAAUAGAAAACUGUAAUAAAUAAAAUAACUGAAUUUCAUGAUAUUUAGAAGCAACACGGCCAACAGAGACGAGAUUAAACGUUUUUUUUUUACUAACUUUAUUUCCCGAAACUGUGUCAGCUAGUGUUACUUGUGUCGAAUCUUUAUCGGGCGACAAAAACAAGACGAGAAGAAACCUAAAUGGUGGUCUUGUGACGAUAACUAUAACUAAAUAUAUGAUGCAAUAUUGUCGAUGUAUAAAAACGAGACUAAAUGUGGUUCACAAAAUAAAAACUGCUAAAAUUUCUCUUUUUUUUACAGACGAGACGUAAUUGUUUAGUCACAUUGUUAUUGUUUUGCGUCGCCCUGCUCAGACGCAGGUGACAUCACGUCCUCAAUCCCCAAACUCGCGGUAUAUUUAGAUGUUUUUGGGUGAGUUGGAGUCCUGGCCGGGUUAUCGGGGAGAAAAAGAAGUGAUAUUUGGACAUACUUUAAUUUUAUUCUAUACUAUACUAGGUAAUUAUAUGACCGUAUUUUUUGCACUAUACUGACACAAAGACUAAAACUAAAAUUAAAACAGCCGCCAAAAACACCAACACUAGUGUCAGCUGAUGAGACAGAGAACAGCCCUGAUUUUCAAUAUCCACUGAAAGUAUCCACUAUUAAUGAUGCAUCCGAUCAAGAAACAUCAGCAGGAUCGCUCAAUUAUGUAAAGGACAAAAUAUGCAAAGAAGGCUUUGUCCACAGGAGGGCGCCAAAAUAGACCUAAUCAAAGUUCCUCACAGAAGCUUUAAAUUAAGUAAAUGUAGCUGCAGACUUAAUGCACCAGAGUGUUCGGUAAUUAAAGCGAUUAACAGUAAAUCUGAAACAUAUUAAAGCUGCAGAAAAAAGUGACGAUGAUGAUGAUGAUGAUGAUGAUGAUGUAGUAAUGACCUGUCCUCUCUCCUCAGCCCAAACCAAUCGAUGUCCAGGUCAUCACUCAUCACAUGCAGAGAUAUGCAGUCUGGUUCGGUGGAUCAAUGUUAGCAUCAACUGUGAGUAUCUCAAACCUCUUUCUUUCUGCGUUUACUCGUUUUUAUAUCACGAUAAAAAUGUUGAUUUCUACUUUAAGAUUAACCAAAAGUAGAGCGUGUGAGAGUGAAGGACGUGCACUUUGGUUCAGUCUUCAUUUGUCUGAGAGGAAGUGACUUCUGUGGGUGUUGGCACAUCAUUAUCUCCCCCUGGCUGAGUUAUUAGUGUGAAGGAAGCUGAUGAUUUUAUCAGCAGGAAAUGUCACCAGGAGCAAAGGUCUCCGACACUUUAUUCUCCAAAGGCUAAUUAGAGCCUAAGAACCCCGCUGAAAUCGCUGAAAUGAGGAGAAGAGCUCGCCUUUUCUUUGUAGCCGGAUUCUUCAGAGGAGAAACAAGCUCCGAAAAAAACAACAUGAUGACACAUUCAUGGUGAAAAUCGAUCUUCUGAGUGUGUCUUUUACAAAUCCAGGGCAACAGCAGCUUUUUAAGAAAUACAUGACGAACCUGCAGGACAGAGAUGUACUUUUAAUGAUUUCUGUUGAUGCUGUAGGAACGUAACGCUACUUUACAGAGACAGUUAAAAAAUCAAUAUGAAUACGGGGCAAAUUAAAGCUCCUGUAAGGAAUUUUAAGUUGGUUAUGAAGCGCACUUUAAUGUAUUUUGAUAUUUCUCCAUGACCUUUGUUCGAUCAUGCAAAUAAACCAAAUCUGUCCUCAGUCUCUGACUCUAAAGGUCCUACUCCACAGUUGAUAAAAAAACUGGUUAGGAGGGGUAGAGUUUACAUUCAAGAUUUCUCCUAAAAACUAACGCUUCCUCAGAUCCUGACUACCCCACCUCUAAACUCACCAAUCCCAGCAGUCUCUCCUCCAGAACUCACCUGAUAAUGAAGUUAUUUACACCUUUAGAAACGUCAUAAAAAUGAAAGCUGUGAACUCAACUCCAACUGCCUUUCCUCUCCGUGUGUCCACAGCCCGAGUUCUACCAGGUUUGCCACACCAAAAAGGACUACGAAGAGAUCGGGCCGAGCAUCUGUCGCCACAACCCCGUGUUCGGAGUCAUGUCUUAACUCUGGAGUCUGACGGCGGCGGCGGGAAGGGUGGGGGCUGCAGUAUGGGUGGAGUCAGAGGAGGUGAAGUUAGGCUUUGUUAAUGACAGACAGGCUCAGGAGGUGGAGGAGGAGGAGGAUGGUGCUUCUGUGCUUUUUGGAGGCGAGAGGUCGAUCCAGAAUUUAAAAAAAAAUAAAAAUAAAAAUAAAGAAAAGAGGCCAGACCAAACACGAAACGGCUGGAAAAUUUAUCGUGAAUGUUUCUUUAUUUUUUCCUUAUUUCUGUUUUUUUUCUUUCUUUCUUUCAAAAUGAGGGAAAUGGUUUGCAAGCCAAACAAGAUUAGGAACAUUUCUGGAUCUGUCGAACAUGCAGGGAGUCCCGAUGAUAGAGAUGGUGAUGAUGAUGAUGAUGAAGAUGGUGGUGGUGCGUGAGGACACAAACAUUAAGAGAAGUUUCCUGACACCAGAACAUAUUUAUGUUACUCAAAAGUCCAGGCAGGAGAUCAUUGAUGAGUUCAGAACAUAUUCUUGUCUCCUUUCAUUUUGACUUCACACGUCUGUGUACGACAGUAAGAGCUUGUUUAUAUUUCAUACUAAAGUUUUUUAUACGUCAAACUUGGGGUAUCAGGGGUGAAAUCAAUAAAUAUCAGAACCAGAAAGAGACUGUUUUAUCCCACGGUGCAGCUUUGAUACGCAGUAUUUUCUCUUCUUCUAUCAUUACCCCCGUUUCAUCGCCGUCUGCCCUUUAAUUUUCCAAAAGUUCGUUUCAAUCACAUCUGCUUUCACUUCAGGCCGUGUCAGGAUUUCCACCUCUGUGAUGCAGUGAAAAAAGGAAAAAGAGAGGAUUAAUGGAGGUUUUAAAGAUGAAAUAAGAGAGACUGUCAGACCAGUAUUGUUAGACUAGAAGUUUUUUUUAUUAUUAAAUACCAAAUUAUUAAAGAAUGGGAUUUGUGUAUUUAAUGCCUUGCAACAUUCCAAUAAAGGCUGAGAUUUGUUUCUAA